CUCAAUAUCCUUCUCCCAAAUCAAACAGCGAUUAAAAAUGGCCGCUUCCAGCUCCAGUCUCCUCCUCAAGCUCCUCUCUUCACAGACCCCGUCACCUUCUCUUCCUCAUGCCUUCCACAGCCAGCUUCCUGCAUCUCUCAAGACCACCGCCUCCCCUUCUCCGCGAUCGCUCCUACUCUGCUCCGCUUCUUCUUCAGCUCAUCGCGACCUCGCGCCUUCCGCCACCCGUUCCCACUGCAAAUCCCCCGAUUCCCGAGAAGAAGCCAUCUCCCAGGCCAAGCUCUGUCUCUCCUCCGUCCUGCAGAAGCACCUCAAUAACUCGCCCUCGCUCCCCACCCGGAAGCUCAAGAAGCCCAGGCAGCCACGGUACCGCGUCGAGAUCCCCGUCGUCGACUCCUCUCCCGCUUCCCUCGUCCCCCUCGCCCUCGACGUCUUCUCCGAUCUUCCCCUCCAAAAAAAGAAGCAGGGCGGCAAGCCCAGAGUGCUGCUCCUGUGGCCGUCGCCCGCGGCGGCCGAGUCAGCUCGUCAGGCAUUAGGCUCGGUCGACCACUCGGAUUGGGACUCGGUCGUCUCUCACACAUUCGCCUCCGCCGACUUGGCCGUCUUCCUGGCGCCGGAGGUGUCGCGGCUGCGUGAGAUGAGGACGGCGGCCAACGCUUUGUACCCAAAGCCGCUAGUGCUCUUCAACCCCGGUUGGGGAUUUGAUGAGGAGAAGGACUUCGACAGGGAGAUUGAGGGCUUCGUCGGCUCCUUCGCCGUGGUGUACUCGUUCAUGGGGUUGGAAGUGAGAGGGGUGCUCAGCAGGAGGAGGGGAUUGGUGCUGAAGUGCGCGAGGGAUGGGGUGGUGAGUGGAGAGGAGUGGAUGGUCAUGGUGGAACAGGAGGGAGAGGAGUUGAAGACGGUUACUAGCUUCAAGAAAAGGCCGUCCAUUGUCGAGGUGGAGAACGUACUGUACAAUCUCAUGGCCGCGAAUUCGCCGGUGACCAAGUCAGUCAAGUUCAUUAGCGACCUCGUCUCCAAUGUCACUGGAAGGAAGGCGAGCAAGUAAAUGUCUUAAAUCUUUUCAGUUGCUCAAAGGUGCUCUUGGGAACGUUGUACCUAAGGUGUUCGACCAUUUGUUUCAAAUGCAAAGCGUUUUGUUUGA